UGUGAUCUGAAUAUCAGCAUAUCAUUUCCGGCUGCCUGGAUAUCACCGAACGUAUUGAGCAGCUUGUAUGCUUGAACAUUAUACCCUAAGACAACUGUAUAAAAGGUUUUUCAUACUACUUGCUGAGUGAUAUAGUUUUCAAUAUGUCGAAAUCUAUGCUAACACUAGAUCCCGACUGUACAAUAUUCCUAAUGUGUGAUGUACAAAAAAGCUUAUUAAACACUGUUAUCGAUUCAGAUAAUGUUCAUAUGCGUAUAUCUCAUCUUUUGCAGUUAGGCAAGGAAUGUGGAAUUCCACUACUAGUUACUGAACAGUAUUCUAAAGGUCUAGGUAAGACGUCAGAUUCUCUCGAUAUAUCACAUGCAUUAUGCCUGGUUGACAAAACAUCAUUUUCUAUGUAUAAUGGAUUAAUUACUGAGAAACUAGCUGAGUUUCGUGAUCGUUACAUUGUCUUAUUUGGCCUUGAAGCACAUAUAUGUAUUCUCCAAACUGCUUUGCAUUUAUUGUCAGAAAAUUUUAAAGUUCUCAUAGUGGCUGACGCAUGCAGUUCUCGAAGUGCUGUUGAUAUGAGAAUCGCUCUACAACGUUUAACUUCUGCUGGUGUAAUACUAACGACAACAGAAUCAUUGCUAUUUGAAUUGAUCAAAACAAAAGAUUCACCACAUUUCAAUUUGGUUAAGAAUAUGGUACGCAUACAUUUACCAGAUCAUCCUGCAUUGAUCAACUAUUGAACUGACUAAAAUAUGUUGUAUCUCUAACCUGUUAAAUAAUAUCCUGUGAAAAAACGUUUCCUCCAGAUACAGCUAAAUGUCUGUUUUUGUAUUUUCAAAAGCCUUUUUCAACUUCUGUAUGACUUCGUUUCAAUAAAUUGUGAGAACUUACUUUC